GCACGUCACUUCCGAGGCUGGAGACAAGAUGGCGCCCGGACGGUGCCGGCGCUGAGGCCGCUCCGGUCCAGCGGGGCCCGGCCGAGCGGAGGCGGCGGGGCCCGGGGUUCAUGUAAUCAAAGGAGUUUCUUUGUUGUGUGUAUCUUUUCAGAACACAACAGGAAUUCAAAAUGAAUCAGAACACAACUGACUCCCCUGUUGCUGUGGAGACCUUGGAUGAUGUUCCUGAGCAUGUGCUUAGGGGCCUUCCUGAGGAUGUGAGGCUCUUCCCAUCUGCUGUUGACAAGACUCGGCUUGGUGUCUGGGCAACAAAGUCAAUUUUGAAAGGCAAGAAGUUUGGACCAUUUGUUGGUGACAAGAAAAAAAGAUCUCAAGUUAAGAGCAAUGUGUACAUGUGGGAGGUGUAUUACCCCAACCUGGGCUGGAUGUGUGUGGAUGCCACCGACCCAGAGAAGGGCAACUGGCUGCGCUACAUAAACUGGGCUCGCUCAGGGAAGGAGCAGAACCUCUUCCCUCUGGAGAUCAACAGGACCAUUUACUACAAGAGUUUAAAGCCAAUCGCGGCGGGAGAGGAGCUGUUGGUGUGGUACAAUGGCGAGGACGACCCGGCGAUAGCGGCCGCGAUCGAGGAGGAGCGAGCGAGCGCCCGCAGCCGCCGGCACUCCCCGAAGGCCCGCAGAGGAAAGAAGAAGACUCAAGAGGGUAAAAACAAGGGAAAGAAGGCAGCAGAAACAAAACAGAAAAAGACUGAUUUGGAUUCUACUUCUGCAGAGAUGAGGGAUUCUAAAGAAGCUCAUAAAGAGGAAGAUGAAACGCCUUCUGUUUCUGCCGUGCUGUCUCUGGAACAAACAGCUGUGAUUCAGGAAAUGGUAAAUCAAGAUGUACUUCCAAAGCUGAUGAUCCCCAGUCCAGCCAACGAAACACAAGUGGUAACUGAAGACAAACAAGGAGAAGCAAUAAACUGUGCAUCAGAUGAUUUAGAUGACGAUGAAGAGGAGGAUGAAGAAGAGGAAGAUGAAGAGGAGAUAGAAGAUACCAAUAUGCCUAAAGAAAAUGCUGAAAUGCCUUUGAUAUGUGAGGAAAAGUUGGACUCCAUGGAAGAACAAAAGAGUACAUCAGAGGAAUCUCCAGAGAGCUCUCCAAAGAAAAAACUUGUGGUGAAAAUUCCAAAAGCAGAGGGGGAAUCCAACGGUGAUGUUCAGGAAACAUUCAUGUUUCCUUGCCAGCACUGUGAGAGGAAGUUUACAACAAAGCAAGGACUUGAGCGCCACAUGCACAUCCAUAUAUCCACCCUGAACCACGCGUUCAAGUGUCGGUACUGCGGGAAAGCCUUCGGCACUCAAAUCAACAGGCGGAGGCACGAGCGGCGCCACGAGGCCGGGCCGAAAAGGAAACCGUUCCUGACACUGACCUCGUCACAACACCUCGAUAACGUUGCUGAUAACCAAGUGAUUGUGGAUGAUGGUCUUAAAGAUGACCUGAAUGGUUCCAAUCUUGUGCAAGACUCUGUUGUCUUGGAUUCUGAGAAAGUUUCCCAGGAGAUGUCAAACUCUGCGUUUGCUGAGGAAAACAAGGAGCCCAAAGAAUUGCAUCCAUGCAAAUACUGCAAAAAGGUUUUUGGUACUCACACCAACAUGCGGAGGCAUCAGCGUAGGGUUCACGAGCGUCAUCUUAUUCCCAAAGGUGUCAGAAGAAAAGGGUUCUUUACUGAAGAGCCACCUCUCCCGACAGAGCCAGCCCCAGCAGUCCAGAGUGUGUACAUAGCAAGCACAGAAAUAGAAGAGGAAGGUGAAGGAGAUGAUGUCUACCUUAUGGAUAUAUCCAGCAAUAUCUCUGAGAAUUUAAACUAUUACAUUGAUGGUAAAAUUCAGUCCAACAGCAGCACUAGCAAUUGUGACGUGAUUCAGAUGGAGUCCAACUCUGCAGACUUGUAUGGAUUGAAUUGUAUAAUCAGUCCAGUCACAGUGGAAAUUUCCACAAAUUUAAAGGUUACACAAACACAUGUGAAUGAAUCUCCUAAGGAACCCUCUAGCAGUGGGAGCAGUGAAUCCAAAAAGAGAAGAACUGCCAGCCCUCCUCUUGUACCAAAAAUAAAAACUGAAAUAGACCCAGAACCUAUAACUCCUACUAGUUCUUUAAAUCUUCCUCUUAGCAUUUCAACAGAAAGCUUAACUUUUCAUAAAGAAAAAGGGGUUUAUUUGUCAUCAAAAUUAAAGCAGCUUCUUCAGACACAGGACAAUAAGAAGAUAACUCCAUCGAGUGAAAUCCCUAAAAUAGGACCUUCUGUUACAUCAUCGUCUGUUUUGCCUCCAGUAUCCAGCAGGUUUAAAAGAAGGACCAGCUCGCCUCCCAGUUCUCCACAGCACAGUCCAGUGCUUCGAGACUUUGUCAAAUCAGGUGAGGGAAAAACUGUGUGGAACGAUAAUGUUCGGAGUUCAAAAAUGCCAAAGUUAGAAAGCCACAGCAACUCACCUGCUUGGAGCUUGACUGGGAGGGAGGACAAAGAGACUUUGAGCCCUCUUUGCUUUGAAGAAUAUAAAAUAUCAAAAGACUGGACAGCAGCUCCGACUUUUGGCAAUGUGUGCAACCAGCAGCCAUUGGAUUUAUCCAGUGGUAUGAAACAAAGGUCUGAUGUCAAAAGCAAGACUCAGGUUCCCUGGGAAUCUGUUUUAGAUCUAAGUGUGCAUAAGAAACCUUGCAGCGAUGCUGAAAUUAGGGAAUACAAAGAAAAUUCCACACAUCCAACGUGUAGUGGUGUCAAGAAGAAGAAACCCACCACUUGCAUGUUGCAGAAGGUUCUGCUGAACGAGUACAACGGGACAGAAGCAGCCCCAGACAGCGCCGCGGGCACGGACAGCCCCAGCAAGGCCCUGGAGCCUCAGGCAGAGCCCGACGUGGAUCCCACACUCUCGGCGUCGCCUUCCACUGACGCUCAGCCCCUCGGCUCCUCCGCUUCCCCCGUGCCACCGGCGGCCGCUGCGCCUGCCGCGUGCCAGCUGCCCCCGCUGCUAACGCCCACCAACCCCCCGUCCCCGCCGCCCUGCCUGCCCGUGCUGACAGUGGCCACCUCGCCGCCCCCACUGCUCCCCACGAUGCCCUUACCCAUUCCAGAUGUCUCUGCCAGUGCCACUAACACUUCCUCCUGUCCCUCGCCACUCUCCAACACUACUACCCAGUCCCCGCUACCAGUUCUGUCACCUACAGUUUCUCCUUCUCCAUCCCCUGUCCCUUCUGUCGAACCUCUUAUUUCUGCUGCUUCACCUGGCCCCCCUACACUGUCUUCCUCAUCUUCUUCCUCCUCUUCCUCCUCUUUCUCAUCCUCUUCCUCCUCAUCAUCUCCAUCUCCACCUCCUCUUUCUGUAGUUUCUUCUGUUGUUUCCUCUGCUGAUAACCUUGAAAGUUCUCUCCCAAUAAUAAAACAGGAAGAAGCUGAAAGCGAGCAGCAGAAAGCGAGAGAAGAUGCUCAGACUUCAAGUGAAUCAGGAGUGGUGCAGGAAACAUUCAACAAGAGCUUUGUGUGCAAUGUCUGCGAAUCACCUUUUCUUUCCAUUAAAGACCUAACAAAGCAUUUAUCCAUUCAUGCUGAAGAAUGGCCCUUCAAAUGUGAAUUCUGUGUACAGCUUUUUAGGGAUAAAACAGACUUGUCAGAACAUCGCUUUCUGCUUCAUGGAGUAGGGAAUAUCUUUGUUUGUUCAGUGUGUAAAAAGGAAUUUGCUUUUUUGUGCAAUUUGCAACAGCAUCAACGGGAUCUCCAUCCAGACAAAGAGUGCACACAUCAUGAGUUUGAAAGUGGGACUUUGAGACCCCAGAAUUUUACUGACCCCAGUAAGGCGAACACAGACCACAUGCAGAACCUGCCAGAAGAUUCUUUGGAACCUUCAAAAGAGGAGGAAGAUGAAGAUCUAAAUGAUUCUUCUGAAGAGCUUUAUACUACUAUAAAAAUAAUGGCUUCUGGAGUGAAAUCUAAAGAUCCAGAUGUUCGUAUGGGCCUCAAUCAACACUACCCAAGCUUUAAACCACCUCCGUUCCAGUAUCACCAUCGUAAUCCUAUGGGUAUUGGAGUUACUGCAACAAACUUCACAACCCAUAAUAUCCCACAGACUUUUACUACUGCCAUUCGAUGCACAAAAUGUGGAAAAAGUGUUGAUAACAUGCCUGAGUUACACAAACACAUACUGGCUUGUGCAUCUGCUAGUGAUAAAAAGAGAUACACACCUAAAAAAAAUCCAGUACCCCUCAAACAGACAGUGCAGCCUAAGAAUGGCAUGGUGGUUAUUGCUGGGCCUGGGAAGAACGCCUUCAGACGAAUGGGUCAGCCUAAAAGACUCAAUUUCAAUGUUGAGAUUAGCAAAAUGUCCUCCAAUAAACUAAAAAUAAGUGCAUUGAAAAAGAAAAACCAGCUUGUACAGAAAGCUAUCCUGCAGAAAAAGAAAUCUGCCCAGCAGAAGGCAGAACUGAAAAAUAACCCAUCUGAGACGGACUCUCACAUCUGCCCCUACUGUAACAGAGAGUUCACUUACAUUGGGAGUUUGAACAAACACGCAUCAUACAGCUGCCCCAAAAAACCCAUCUCUCCUUCCUCCAAAAAGAAUUCUUCCAAAAAAAGUGCAGCUUCUUCACCUGCCAACAGUGACAAAGGCAGCAACCAGCGCAGGCGAACAGCAGAUGCAGAAAUCAAAAUGCAGAGCACUCAGCCUCACCUGGGUAAGACGAGAGCACGAACCUCAGGACCUGCACAGCUCCAGCUCCCCUCUGCCUCCUUCAAGUCCAAACAGAACGUUAAAUUUGUACCCUCCAUGCGAUCUAAAAAGCCAAAUUCAUCUUCAUCCUUGAGGAACUCUAGUCCUGUAAGAGUGUCUAAAAUGUCCCAUGUUGAUGGGAAAAAAACUAAGGUGGUUUCUAAGAACAAUUCCUCUGGAAUCUCCAGCAAAGCGUCGCGGAAAUUGCACGUCAGAAUACAAAGGAAUAAUAAAGCUGUUUUGCCAAGUAAAUCUGCUGUGGCAAGUAAGAAAAAGGCAGACAGGUUCAGUGUAAAAUCUAGAGAGAGGAUUGGAGGACCAAUCACACGGAGUCUUCAGCAGGCAGCAAAUGCAGAAGCAGCAGAAAACAAAAGAGAUGAAAGCAGUACAAAGCAAGAACUGAAAGAUUUCAGAUACAGACAGCAAAACAAACUCAAAGGGAAGCUUGAGCAGGCAUCAAGUUGGAGGGAAGCUUUUUCUUAAGAGACAGGUAGCGGCUUCAUUUUCCUAAUUUAUUCAAAGCUCAAGUGGUUAGUGAAACAUAAUGUAAUCAGCAACAUGCACUUUGUUUAUGUAUAUGUGUAUAUAUAUAUAUAUAUAUAUAUAUAUGUUUAAUUUUUUUAAGACUUUCAUGUUUCAUGAACCAAACAGGGUCUCUGAGUUAUGUUUUGGAUGACAGCACUCCCAGAAACUGCCAGGGGGUUGUGAGAAAUGGCUUUGGUUGUUCAGCAUUUCUCUGAAGUGCAAGGCUCGGUGUUCACUCAUUCAUGGUGGUCUGGCACACAGCAGGUGAGCAGCAAAACUGAGACUCGCAGCACUCAAAGCCCCGUGUCAGUCAAAAAGAGUAACAAUCUCAUAACUGAGCCUGUUUCAGCAACUCCUGCCUUGCUUCCAGCUGGGAGCUGGGAGCGGGGGGCUCAGCCUGGAGAAAAGUGUCUCAGUGGAGACGCCCACCAGGGCCAGUUUCUCUCUGUAAUUCCCUGACAGGAGGGUGCAGCCAGCUGUGGGUGGGCUCUGCUCCCAGGGAACAAGGGGCAGGACAAGAGAAGUGGCCUCAGACUGUCCCAGAGGCUGCCCAGGGACAUGGUGGUGUCCCCAUCCUGGAGGUGGCCCUCAGUGCUCUGGGCUGGGGGACAAGGUGGGGACAGGUCACAGGUUGGACUCGGGGGGGAUUUAUGUAGUGCUUCCUUUAGGUGUCGAGAUCUCUGCUCAGCAUUGCAGUGUGGAAGGAGGUGGGAAGAUGAGAAAUACUGAAUUCUUACAUCACAGAGCUGCUUUGAAGAGUUUCACACUCAAACUCCACUGUUACUGGAACCUGAAGUUGUAUUCUCCAUUCAUUAUGGCAAAUUCAGUAUGUCACUCAUUACCUUGUCAAAUCACAAGUACACUUUGUUCUAUGGUUUCUUUUUUAUGUAAUGAGAUGUGCAGGACUGAGGACUCAUCCUUGUUCUGCAGCCCUCUAGCAAUCCUUUUCAACUCUUUUGGUGUCACCAUUUCUGUAUAAAGCUAAUUAAAUAAACUACAGUGUUCCCUAUGUGUAAUGAAAGUUUUCUCAUUCUGUUAGGAAUGUGAUUUAGUAGAUACAAACUUUUUCUCAAAUCACAUGACCUGACAGUAUAGAAAAUGAAUUUGAGUACUUCUAUUUUUAAUCCCAAAUUGUUCACCUUUUGGCUUGCAGAAUACUCUGUGCCACUUUAAAAGGGCAGGAAGACAAAUUGCUGACAUGAUACUGUUCAUCUAAAUUUAUAGGUUUACCCCAAGGUUUCUUAAGUGACUUAAGACUCUUAAUCUCUGAGCUCAAUUUGAAGUAGCUUCAAGGCAACUGAUUUUCUGAAGGAGCUCAGAAGUUAUCUCAGUGCUGAAUUCCUUUUCAAGUAGCUACUUUAGGUCACUGGUUGCUUUUGAAAAACACAUUGUAAAACACCAUUUUACUUAAAUAGUAAAUACAUUAAUUUUAGAUUCCCCCAGGUGAGCUGCAGACACGGGGUGAGAUUUUUUCCAGCAGUUCUCACUGUUGGUUUGGUGUUCAUCACCACAAUUCCUCGUGAUCCACAGGGAGGGGAACUGAACCAGCAAUGAAGGAACUGAAACUGUGGAGCACAUGUGAACCAAAGCAAUUUAUGAGUUCCUGUGGGGCAGCAGUUGAAGGGAUUCAGUUCUUUGAAGCACUGUGGCUGGAGAGUGCUGGUGGGUGUCUUCUUGGAAGUCGAGAAUGCAAAGGAUCUCAAGAACAGGUUUUUCCAGUUUAGAUUCAUGAAAGGCCUGACCAUAAUAUUCAUGUUCUGGCUUUUCACGCCAUUGCUCCAGCUCUUUCCCUGCUUCCCUGAAUAAACACACAUAAUUCUCCACAUAGCCACAGCACAACACCUUAAGAUCCUUUUUGCUUUCUGCUGCUUCCCCAUUUUCUAUACAGUGAGUCAGGACUUUUCCAUACCAAAGGAGACAUCCCUUUCAAUGAAAUUCUAUCCAUGAUAUUCUAUUAUAUGAAAUAUUCUAUACAUGAAAUAUUCUAUUUCAUGUUUUUCCAAGUCAUUUUUUUAUAUAUUUACUUUCCCAUUAAGCAGUAUAUUGCUGCCAGAGAGUACAUUUCAGUCAGGGUAGCAGGACUGUGGUUUAAUCUCACUGAGAGCAGAAAGCCCAGAAAUGGCAUUUAUCCACCCCCUGAACCUUCUUGCUUCCCUUCUGCCCUGUGAAAUUACUCAGCCUAAUUCUGCAAAAACAAGAAUUUGAGCUUAAACAUCCACAUUUCUAUUUUUUUUUCCUAGGCAGUCAAUGAUUUAUGUCAGCUUAGCUAUUCUCUUACUUAAGAGCAUGAAACACUUGAUGAAAUAUGUUCCUGGAAUGCUUAUUGUUAAAUGUAAUGUGGAAUGUGUCUGUGUCUGAAAUUUUGGAGCAUAUCCUUGGGGUUAUUUUAGAUUAUAGAGUAGAAUCCUUGCAGGAAAAAAACAAAAAACAAACACUUUAAUUGAGGUAAAAAUGUGAACUUAAUCACCUGAUUUUUUACCACAUACUGCCAUGAUUUUGUUCACUGAAUUUCCCUGGCAGGACUGGCAGCCACCUCGGAUCACUCCAGCCUCCAUACCCACAAAUACCAUGGCUUAUUUUUCUGGGACAUUUCUAGAGAAUUAAACUAGCAACUCAGGAGAACGUUAAUUGAAGAAGUGUGGUAGAAGACAAGCUAAUUUGAAUAAAAAAUACCAAAUGUAUUUUGGAAAUGUCUUACGGAAGGGGAUGUGCCAGGGUUUGGCAUUUUUCCUGGAAUUUGUGUAUGCUGCUCAUGGCAAGUCUCAUGGGGAAGCCUGGGAAGGUAUAUGGAAGUAGGAACUUGGUUUGGACAAAUUAAAUAUUCAGGAGACAAUUUAACCUGGAACAAUAAUGCGGAUAGUGUGGGAAUCUUUUCCUUUGUUCAGUCCUCUGCUUUAAGGCUGCAGAUUUUCUGAGUGACCUUGGCAAAUCCCUUCUCACCUGACUCCGUUCUGGAUCUGAAAAACUGGGAUUAUGGUACUGACUCUUACUACAAAACACUUUCAGAUUUGAGGAUGGAAAACUUUAAGAGAUGAGAUUUACCAUAUUUUUUUAUUGUAGGGAGUCUCACUAAAUUGGGUGAUUUAUCUCUUCUAGUUUGGGUGUGCUCUCAGUGUGAGAGAGAGCUUUAAGUCCUGUCUCCAUGUAAAAAAUAACCUCAUGUAACUUCUGAGUUAGCUUUAAUUUAUGGAAUAGCUGGUACAUCUACCAAACUAUUUAGUUUGGUUCAAAAGUCCUUAGUUGACAGAGAAAACUUUGUGCACACAAGUCCUUUCUGCUACCUGACAUUUGGGGUCUGGCCCUUACAAGCAGAGUAUGUUUUCUGAUGUUAUUAUUUUUUUUUAAUGACUUUUUUUCUGGCUGGAAGUGCUCCCUAGCAAUGGUUCUGGCAGAGCUGGGCCAUCCUGGGCUGUGCACAGGGGUGUGAGGGGCUGGGAGGAGCCCUUGCCCCUUCCCAUGGAAUCAUCCCUCAGCACAAGCUGCCUCAGAAUUCCUUUUCCUCGCCUGUCUCCAGUUACCCAGCGCUGAGAUGGUGCAAGCAGGUGCAAAGUGAUAGUGAUAAAAAUAGCAAUUUCAAUCACUGCUCCUCAUGCAGUGGGGGGAUCUCAGCUCCCCUCCCUCUCAGAGCCCAGCUCCCCUCGCACUCCCAGGAGUUUGUCAAAAUCCUCCCAAUAUUCCAGCUCUUCUUUCACCAGGCUCUUCAAUAAGAGUUAUCCAUCCACUGCAGGUUAGUGCUGUGAUUCCUGGCAGCUUUGGCAGAGCAGACACAGCUCUGUUUUGGAGCACUGUGGAACGGCAGCAGGAAGAACUCCAUAAGGAACUCAAUUUCAUUUUCUGUUUAGAAAAAUAUCCUUUUUUAAAUCUCAUUCCUCUAAUCCUCAGCUUCCAAAUAACAAGACAUGAUCUAUUUGCUUUAAAGCUUGAGGAAAUUAGGAGUGAAAAAUCAUAGAAUUCUGGAGUAGUCUGGGACAUUAAAUCCCAUUUCUUUCCACCCCCCUGCCAUGGCAGGGACACCUUCCACUGUCCCAGGCUGCUCCAAGCCCCCACCCAACCUGGCCUUGGGCACUGCCAGGGCUGUGCAUUUGAAAAUCUAGAUCAGAUUUUCCCUGGUAUUUAUUCUCUUUGGAUUUGAACCUUUUAACAUUUUUUUUCUUUAGGUUUCCCAUAGGAUCUAGUCCCUGCCUCACUGCAUGCAAGAGCUCACAGAUGUCAUCGAUUAUAGAAGAACUUUAAGAAGUCAUAAUUAAUAUUUUGACAGAAAGCAUUACUUACAUGGAGACAUUCUAAACAGAAAUAAUCUAAAAUUUCCCUCUUAUAGUAAAAAUCUGAAGCCAAACAAACUAAACUUAUUUUGGAUAUUCUGCUGUUUCCCUUGGUAACAGUCCAUAUAUGGAAGAACAAAAAUCUGGCUGUUGUUGACCUCCCCAUUUCCACUUUCUGGUUCCUCCACAUUGGCUGAAGGUUUCAGGAUUGAAUUCACAAAGGCUGGAGUGGAUGAUUUACAUAGAACAAUAACAAAACUUUUGGCAGGCAAUUUUAACCACCAACUUUAAUUUGAAAAUAAUUGAAUUGCUUGCUUUUCAGAAUUUCUGUGGUUUUGGUUUUCUAUUGUAAUGGAAAGUUUUGCACUUCUUCAUGUCUAACUUGCAGUUACAUUUUGUGUAAGGACAAGCUGAAAUCUCCUUUCAAGGGUGUGUAUUGAACUCUAAAAAUAACCUGGAGAGAAACCUGGCUUUUAACUUUUUUUAGACGUGUUGCUGUGUAAGAAAAUGAUAUUUCAAAAGACGUUCCCCUGGAAGAACAUAAGUGGUUUGGUUUGGUCAGAAUUUUGAAGAAUUUGCCUUGAGAAGGAAGGUAUGUAAUAACCUAUGGGGGUGCACAGGUGUGAGGGAAGGCAGACAAGUUUGUGCAUGAUAGCAAAAGGUGCUGAAUUUAAAAACAAACAAGGGAUUUAUUUUUGAAUCUUUUAGUGUAUGGAAGUUUGACUUGGGUGUACAUUUGAACUGAUUGUAUGUCUAGAAUAGGGCAGCAGCAGUUGGACUUCCCUUGCUUCAAGUCAUGUGUUCUGGCUUUCUUCUUGAAGUCACAAUCAACUGAUGCAAAAAAUCAAAAUUUUACAGUAAAAAUCUCUGAUUUUCACUUUCCCUUUGGGACUCUUAGUUUAAAAUUAGAAGUGCAGUAAAGGCACUGUGGUGACCUGUGCGUGUCCUUGUCGAGUCUGUCGGUGCAAUAGUGACAGGAGUGUUCUGCCAACCUUGACCUGGGCAGAAAUGACCAGAUGUGGUAUAUGCUCUGGUAAGGUAAAACUCCUUUUCCAAAAAUAUGUGUUUUAAAGCUUGAUAUGGACUGUCCUGAGAGAAUAGAACAUGACUGUUGCAGUUUCUGAUGUAUCUGUGCGUUUGUCUGGCCCGGUCAGAGGGUCUGGGACAUGGGAUGGGAGCCUGGCCACUGCUUCCAGUUGACAUUAUCUGUUUCCUGCUUAAAUAAACUCACAGGGUAAGUUGAGAACAAGGCAAAAAUACCCUCCUGCCUUCAGAAGUGGCACUUGGUACUUCUCACAGCUCACUAAAGCACAGCUCUGGCUUUGCUUGUGCCCGGUCCCUGAUGCUCUUCUGCCUCUGUGCCCAGCUGCAGGCUCCGCAUGGCCUCUAGAUGUCCCUCCUCCUCCUCGCACAGCCCCAGCAGAUGUGGUGGAACCUGGUUUGUGUUUGGGCUCUGAAUUGCUCUGGAAGACUGAAAGCUCUGUUGUCUGCCUGCCAUGUAAAGAAAAAGAACAACAAUAAAUUAAUGUGGAAAACUGCA